AGGCAGUGAGUGCUGUACUGUACAAGCAGUAUGUGCUUUCUCCGGAGCGACUUGCAGCAACAGCGGUCGCCGCAAGCUGCAUGUUCGUUGCAUUGGGCCGUGAGCGCGACGUGUUGUCCGAUCUGCAUUCGAGUCAGUCCAGUAAGCCCAGCGGACAUCGACAUCGAUCCGACGCCCACGCCAACCCCAUUUAAUCAUUGACAAAGCUGACGAUCACGACCCCAGGCGCAAAGUCCCUUCUAGCAACCGCUUCCUCUCGCCGCCUCCAACCCGCACACACCCCCGGUGCCCUUCCCUGUCCCUCACUUACCCCCAUACAAUAACCCCUCAAAACCAACCACAUUCGCCUGAACAAUGCCCUCAAUAGCCACCCCAUCCUCAACCCCCUGUCCCCUCCCAUCACCCGGCCAAUUCCUCUCCACCGUCUCUUCAUCCUGCACAACCCUCGCCCAGCUCGCCGCCCCGGAUAUCUCGAUAAACAGCGAUGCGAUAUCGACAUUUGUGGAGGGAUUGGAUCGUGGUAUCUAUGAAGAUGUUGCCAACCAGCCUACUGUGAGACUUCCCUUGAAAUUCGAGAGUGUGGAGCAGGAGUGCAAUGUGAUGGGGUUAAUUGGGUUGUUGGGGUUUGGGAGUGGGUGGGAUGAUAUGCUGGGGGAGAGGGAUGCGGGGGGGACUGUGCUUUUUGGUGUGAUGUCGAUGCAUAUUUCGGCGACAAAGAUCGAUGGGGAGUAUAUGAGUAAGAUGGGGCUAGCGCUGGUCUCCGAACUCUUCAACAUCCCUCUCACGCGGGACGUCCCCCACGCCACGCUGCCAAUAACCCUCACAGAGCCACACCCGCUCCGCAAAUACGCCGAGCAGCUCCUACACGUCAUCAACGAGACCGGCACACUCCUCAAAGAAAAAGGAUACCGCAACCUGGGCCACUUUAUCCUGGACGCGGCGCGGCAGGGGUCCAUGGACGCCCUGGUGGAAGCCCUCGUGACGACGAUCCCGUCGUUGAGGGAUAUGGAGCGGUGGGGCGGGGUUGACAUCUACUUCUUCCGCCGCGCCCAACUCAUCGCCCUACACACCUUCCACAUCCUCCACUGCCACCGCCCGUCUUCACCAUUCCCACCGACCGCACCCCACACGCUAACCCUCACCCCCGACCCCGCCCUCCUCUCACACCUCAUUUUCCACAACAUCGUCACACUCUCACCCACGAUGCAGACCAAACUGGCCGCGGAUGUGGAUAUGACGGCCGAGGUGGAACGAUGGGAUUUACGGCUGAGGGCUGUGGGUGUGGAGGCGGGACGGAGGGUUGUGCAGGCUGCUGCUGCUGCGGGGGUGGGGAUGAGUGCGGGGGAUUUGGAGGCGUAUUUGAGAAGGGUGGGGAGCCAGGAGGAGGAGGAGCGGGGGAAGGUGGUGGGCGGGUUUGGGGGCAGGGAAUCGGUUUUCUAUUAG